AUGGCGCUGGCAUCGCUGCUUCUCCAGAUCAGCACGCUUGGACUUGUCGUGCUCAUCACCCAAUAUGUUCUCGCAUACUCGCGGUCGCCUCUGAAGAAGAUCCCUGGCCCUUUCCUGGCCAAGUUCUCGGAUCUCUGGCGUCUCUUUAAUGCCUAUGAGAAGAAGCACAUUACAACGCAGCUGCAACUUCAUGAGAAGUACGGCGACUACGUCCAACUGGGCCCAAACGUUGUCAGCGUUGCAGACCCAAGUCUGGUCAAGACCAUCUACUCCACCAGGGGAACUUUCUUGAAGAGUGACUUUUAUGCUAUCAAUGAUGCUAUGCAAGAUGGCAAGAUCAUCCAGAACAUCUUCGGUACCCGCAGCAAUGAGUUUCAUUCCAAAUACAUUCGUCCCGUUCAGAAGCUGUACACCUUUCAGAGCGUCAAAGAAUACGAACCAGUCAUGGCCCGGUCUCUUUCCACCUUCUUUCAAGAGCUCGAGUCACGCUUCGUGGACGGCGCGAACAAAGACAAGACCUGCGAUAUCGCGGACUGGAUAUCGUAUCUCACCUGGGACAUACUGGGCGAAAUGACUUUCAGCAAACCAUUUGGCUUCAUGGAGCAAGCCACCGACGUUGGCGGUAUGCUUGAGACCGCCGAGAGGAAUAUGGACUAUCAAUCAGUGAUCGGCCAAAUGCCCUUCCUCGACAAGUGGCUCGCCAAAAACCCCCGCCUCGCCUCAAAAUUUCCCGCCUUCGCCGCCACCGCCGGCUUCUGCGUCGAGCGCUUCUUAGAGCGCAUGCAGAAACUCGAACAAUUCAAGGGAAAACCCGACUUCAUGAACCAUUUCCUGCGCGCCAAAGAGGAGCAUCCCACCGUCGUUACGGACAAUGAAGUUAUCGCGUACAUGAUCAUCAAUGUGCUCGGCGGCGCCGACACGACAUCUAUCACCACCAAAGCUGUCGUCUACCACGUGCUCAAGAACCCCAUUGUGCAGGCGCGUCUCGUUGAGGAGCUGAGGGAUGCGAAGCUGAACCACCCUGCACCUUACUCAUCGCUUGAGAACCUCCCGUACCUGGAUGCCUGCAUCAAGGAAGGUCUCCGCAUCCAUCCCGUCGUCGGACACAUCAUGGAGCGCGUAGUACCGUCCACCGGCCUCGCGCUCGCCAACGGCGUCACGCUGCCUCCAGGCACCGUCGUCGGCGUAAACCCCUGGGUCGUGCACCGCAGAGCCGACGUCUACGGCGAGCGGCCCAAUGAGUUUCUGCCCGAGCGUUGGCUACAGGGUAAGUCUGAGAGUGACGCGGAGUUCGAGGGAAGGAUGAGAAGGAUGGGCGACGCAGAUCUGAGCUUUGGGAAGGGGAACAGGGUGUGUCUGGGACGGCCGCUGGCGCUUGUCGAGAUGGCGAAGAUUGUCGGAACGUUGUUUGCCAAGUAUGAGAUUGAGCUGGAGGAUCCAAAUGCAGAGUGGGAGGUGCAUCCGCAAUGGUUUGUCUGGCCGCAUAAGAUCAGGGUGAAGAUGACAAAAUACUGA